AUGGCGGCCCGGUUCUCCCGCUCCGACGAGCUCUCCCGCCACCGCCGCUCCCACUCGGGCGUGAAGCCCUACGAGUGCUCGCUGUGCGAGAAGAAGUUCGCCCGCAGCGACCACCUGUCCAAACACACCAAGAUCCACCGCAGCUCCCGGCCCAGCAGGAUCCUCCGGGCCACCGUCUGA